AUGGUGUCAUGGAAUGUCCAAGGGUUAGGAUGGAAAGAAACUAGAGAUCACUUGAAAGACAUUGCAAGAUUGCAUGACCCAGAUAUCAGUUUUCUCGUGGAAACUAAAUGUGCUGAAUCAAAGGAAAAAGUUAUAACUCAAUUUCUCCAAUACCCAAAUUCUCAUUUUGUUAGCUCAAUUGGAAUGUCAGGGGGUCUAGCAGUUCUAUGGAAAGAUGGUUUCCCAUGUGAUAUCAUUUGUAGUAAGGAUAAUAUGGUACAUAUUAUUAUAACAACAGAUGCUUCCAAACAAGAAUGCCUUCUUUCUUAUGUUUAUGGUUCUACCCAGUGGGAGUUGAAAAAACAACAAUGGGAAUUCUUGGAAGAUCUCAGUGAAAAUAUUUUUCAAUCCUGGAUAGUUCUAGGGGAUCUUAAUGUGCAUGUCUCAAAAGAGGAUGCCUCUACCAGCCUCGCUAGUUUAGACAAUUGGAUCUGUCAAAUUAUUAACAAUGCAGGGCUUAUGGAUUUGGGUUUCACUGGUUCCAAACAUACAUGGACAAAUAAAACUAAUGAGAAGGGACAUAAGAGAGCUAGAAUUGAUUUGGAUUUGCUCAAUUCAAAUUGGAUAAGAGAUUAUCCAGAUUCUAGGCUGCUUCAUCUUCCCUUUCUAGGAUCAGAUCACUGUCCAUUGCUAUUACUUACAGAGUCAAAGUCGGUAAAACAUAGGAAUGUUUGGAAAUUUAGAGAUGUUGGCUUAUGGAUCAAAAUGUUAUGGGUAUUGUUGCUAGUGCGUGGAACCAAUCUACUGAUCUAA